AGUUGAGGUCCGGGGAGCCCGGCUGGCAUCUGCCCCGGGCUGCGGCGCGGGCCCCGCGGAGCCCAGGCGGCGGCGGGCGCUUCCGGCCAAGGGCCCUGGCGGCAGCCGCGCCCCUGCUGCUCUCAAGUUUCGCGUUGGCCGCGCGGCCUGGGAGCUUCAGGUAGCGGUUGGCAGGCCGGCGCCCCUAGGCUCUCUCCGCUCCGCGCCCAGGUAGGGCACCGACGGGGGCUGCGCGCGGCUGGCCGGCUUCCUCCCUGCGGAGGCGGCCCUCCCUCCCACUGCGGGGCCCGCCGGGUCGGGGCUCCGCAGCGCUGCGCCCUCGGAACGCCCGGCCCCCGCGCCUGCUGCGGGUCGCGGCCAGGCCCAGCCCCGGCCCUGGCUGGCCUCGGUGUCCGGCAGCCCCUCUCCGCCCUGCCCAGCGCGUCACCUUUGCUCCAGCCCUGCGGCCGGGGCGCCCCUUUCGGGCCGCGGCGCCCCCUUCGGACCGCGGCAUGGCCCUGUCCUCCGAACCCGCCGAGAUGCCACGCCAGUUUCCCAAGCUGAACAUCUCUGAAGUGGAUGAGCAAGUCCGGCUCCUGGCCGAGAAGGUGUUUGCUAAAGUGCUCCGAGAAGAGGACAGCAAAGAUGCCCUGUCCCUGUUCACCGUCCCAGAGGACUGCCCCAUCGGGCAAAAGGAAGCCAAGGAGAGAGAGCUGCAGAAGGAGCUGGCAGAGCAGAAGUCUGUGGAGACCGCAAAAAGAAAGAAAAGUUUCAAGAUGAUUCGGUCCCAGUCCCUGUCUCUGCAAAUGCCGACACAGCAAGAUUGGAAGGGCCCCCCGACAACCAGUCCGGCCAUGUCUCCCACAACCCCUGUGCUCACUGGAGCCACUUCCCAGCCCAUGCCAACACCCUAUGCCAUGCCCGAGUUCCAGCGGGUCACCAUCAGCGGAGACUACUGUGCUGGGAUCACUUUGGAGGACUAUGAGCAGGCGGCCAAGAGCCUGGCCAAGGCCCUGAUGAUCCGGGAGAAGUAUGCACGGCUUGCCUACCACCGCUUCCCGCGGAUCACAUCCCAGUAUCUGGGCCAUCAGCAUGCCGAUACUGCACCUCCAGAAGAGGGCCUUCCAGACUUCCACCCUCCCCCGCUGCCCCAGGAAGACCCUUACUGCCUGGAUGAUGCGCCCCCCAACCUGGAUUACUUGGUCCGCAUGCAAGGGGGCAUCCUCUUUGUGUAUGAUAACAAGAAGAUGCUGGAGCGCCAGGAGCCGCACAGCCUGCCCUACCCCGACCUGGAGACCUACACGGUCGACAUGAGCCACAUCUUGGCUCUCAUCACCGACGGCCCCACGAAAACCUAUUGUCACCGACGACUGAAUUUUCUGGAAUCCAAGUUCAGCCUUCAUGAGAUGUUAAACGAAAUGUCCGAGUUCAAAGAGUUGAAGAGUAACCCCCACCGCGACUUCUAUAACGUGAGAAAGGUGGAUACGCACAUCCACGCCGCCGCCUGCAUGAACCAAAAGCAUCUGCUGCGCUUCAUCAAGCACACCUACCAGACAGAGCCCGACAGGACUGUGGCCGAGAAGCGGGGCCAUAAGAUCACCCUGCGGCAGGUGUUUGACAGCCUGCACAUGGACCCCUACGACCUCACUGUGGACUCGCUGGACGUCCACGCGGGCCGGCAGACAUUCCACCGCUUUGACAAGUUCAACUCCAAAUACAACCCCGUGGGAGCCAGUGAGCUGCGUGACCUCUAUUUGAAAACUGAAAACUAUCUGGGAGGAGAAUACUUUGCUCGGAUGGUAAAGGAGGUUGCCCGGGAACUGGAGGAGAGCAAGUACCAGUACUCAGAGCCACGGCUCUCCAUCUACGGCCGCAGUCCUGAGGAAUGGCCCAACCUGGCCCACUGGUUCAUCCAGCACAAGGUCUACUCCCCCAACAUGCGCUGGAUCAUCCAGGUGCCCCGGAUCUAUGACAUAUUUAGGUCAAAGAAGCUGCUGCCAAACUUUGGGAAGAUGCUGGAGAACAUCUUCCUGCCCCUUUUCAAGGCCACGAUCAACCCCCAAGAUCAUCGAGAGCUUCACCUCUUUCUUAAAUAUGUGACGGGGUUUGACAGCGUGGAUGAUGAGUCCAAGCAUAGUGACCAUAUGUUUUCCGACAAGAGCCCCAGCCCAGACGUCUGGACCAGUGAGCAGAACCCGCCUUACAGCUACUACCUGUACUACAUGUAUGCCAACAUCAUGGUGCUGAACAACCUCCGCAGGGAGCGCGGCCUGAGCACGUUCCUGUUCCGGCCGCACUGUGGGGAGGCCGGCUCCAUCACCCACCUGGUGUCUGCCUUCCUCACUGCUGACAACAUUUCCCACGGGCUGCUCCUCAAGAAGAGUCCAGUAUUGCAGUAUCUCUACUACCUUGCUCAGAUCCCCAUUGCCAUGUCUCCUCUUAGCAACAACAGUUUGUUUCUCGAAUAUUCCAAGAACCCUCUGAGGGAAUUCCUGCACAAGGGACUGCACGUUUCUCUUUCCACCGAUGACCCCAUGCAGUUCCACUACACGAAGGAAGCACUUAUGGAAGAAUAUGCCAUUGCAGCUCAAGUGUGGAAGCUGAGCACAUGCGACCUGUGUGAGAUCGCCAGGAACAGCGUGCUGCAGAGCGGCCUCUCGCAUCAGAUCUGUGCGCCAAUCUGGGACACUAUCCUGAUUAUUCAACUCUGCGCUUCUAAUUCCUGGUGCUUGACUGGCAACGAUCCCCUGUUCUGUGUAUUGCUGAGGCUUUGGAGGAAGUGCUGUAUCUGGACCGGAGUGCCAGAGAGGGAGCCUCCGACUCACUGGAAAAGCAAAAGUUUCUGGGACAAAAUUAUUAUAAAGAAGGACCUGAAGGAAAUGAUAUUCGAAAGACAAAUGUUGCUCAGAUCCGGAUGGCAUUCCGAUAUGAGACCUUAUGCAAUGAGCUCAGCUACCUGUCUGAUGCCAUGAAAUCAGAAGAGAUUACUGCCUUGACCAAAUAGCUCCAGCAUUUGACAUGCAUUUUAACUUUUUGGUAUAAUUUCAAGUCUGCUGUGGCUAAUAGUGGUCAAGAUUCCAAACUAGGACUUUCCUCUUUGAAGAGGAUGCCUCUGAAGAAAUUUCAAACUGAUGAUUUUGGUUGCACUGCUCACUUUAAGAAUUAACAUGCUCACUUUUGUUAGUAUUUCUGAGUAACAAGAUGGCAACUUCUCCUUUGGGGAUCUGGGAGCUGGGCACUUGUCUAUACUUGUUCCUAAUUUUUCAAGUAUUUCUCUUGAAACUGCCAGUGCUUGAACUGUUGGGGCCAGGAUUUUCCAUGGUCAGAUGCCAAGUGACAUGAGGUCUGUGUGGUUUUCUGCCAUACUUUUCUCCAUUGGCCCAAGUAGGCUAAUUGAUGAUAGUUGUUCAUUCAGCCUCUGGAUGGCUGGCUGCCUUAAACACAAUCAAUUUCAAAGCUCCAUUUCAUAAACGGGCUACUUUGAGGGAAUUAAAAUAUAAGACUUCCUUCUUGACAAUUUGCGUUUUUAGUGAAGUUCUUAAACCGUUUUAUUUAGCCCUCCUCCCCGCUUUCUAGUUGGAAGCCAAAUGUACUCAUUAAAACAGCCACUCCUAUUCUGAGUCUUGGUUUCUUAACCCACAAAGUGAGGGUUUGGACUAGAUGAGUGGCUUUCAGGGUGUUCUGUGAAUCCCCUCAUGAAUACUUUAGAGUGGGGGAGGAAAGGGAGUGACACUCAGGGGCUGUCAAAGGGACUCUGCAUUCAUUAGUUUUACACUGCGACUGCUACAUAAUAUUUUCACUUGAAUGAAGAACUUCCAAAAGCACAGGACUAGAUAGAUGAUCUCUGUUCCUUUUGGCUCUAAUACUCUAUGACUGCAGGCCAAUUAUCACUUCACCAAUUAAGAGGUGGGAGAAGUGAAAUUUACUUAAGGUUGCACAGCUAAUAAGUAAUAAUAGGCCUACAACUGGGUUUCCUUAUUCCAAAUCCUGUCCUUUCCCCACUAUUCCAUUAGACCUCACAAAUGUUAGCUGUGUGUGUGUGUUUCAUCAAUGUAACCUGGUGCAUUUUUUUUUAGGGCAAAAUUUUCCCCUUACCUACUAUGAUGACUUUAGAAGAUACGAUGGUCCCAGGGGCCAAGUAGAAAGCAUUUUUAAAGACCAACCUGAAUUAAGCUUUACCAAUGUACUCUUAUUCUGUGUUACUAGUGCCUGAUAUGUAGCAGGUGCUCAAUAAAUACAUAUUGAAUAAUUAAGUUAA